ACGAAAGUAAAACCCUAACCCUUUCUCCUGCUCUCGAUCCUCCACCCCUUCCGCCAUUAGAGAAUGGCGGGGGGGCUCCCAUGAUUGAAUCGAGAGCAGACGAGAUCCGGCGGUCCGACUUGUCUCCACGCCGAUCCGAAUGAUCUCUCUCCCAAGCCCUUAACAAAUCGAAUCGUAGUUGGGGACAUGCAGCCCUAGAGGUCGGUUUCAUAUGUUCCGAUCCGCGUAUCUCUUUAGAACACAAAAGGUCGAGCUGCAGAAGGGAGAAAAAACCCAAGAAAUAGGUUGCUAGAAACAUGAAGAAGAGAUUUUAGAGCUUGGAGAAUGGAAAAAAAUUCGGCCUUUAGGCUGGCACCAACGAAAAAGAAGGGAAAAGGAGUAGAGGAAUAAGUGUUUUUGAGCUCAGGUCUCUGAUCGGUGCGUUUCUGCUCUCUGAUCGAUCCAAAGUAGUAGUAGAUAAAAAACCCAAGUUUUCCCCCUCUGUUGACCCGAAGGCGGGGGGAGAGACAGGGAGAGGGAGAGAGGGAGAGAGGGGGAGAGAGAGAGAGAGAGUAUAGUCAUUAAAAAAAAAAAUUGAGAGGUGGGCCUGAGGUUGGAGAUUUAAGAAUUAGAAUAGGGAGAUAAUCCGAAAGGAAGGCAAUAGUUUAAUCGCCGUGUAUAUUGUGAAAUCCGCGGAUUCGAUUCAGUCGAGUCGGGAAAGGGAGUUAUCUAGAAUAAUUUCUGCGCCUUCCUCCAUCGCACCCCCGAAAAAGAAAGGAGAUCGAUCGAGAUAUUCCUGUGCCACCUCCCCCCCCCCCCCCCCCCCUCUUCUGCUUCGCUGUUCUUGUUCUCUGCCCACGUUUGUCGGAUCUGCGGACUCCCUUGGGCUUUGUGAUGCCUUGGAAGCGAUAGCGGACGAAGAUAAAGGAGCGGAGAGUGGAGAAGACGUCACGGACUUGCCCUCUUUUUACUCCUUGUGGAAAGGGAAACAUGAAGGAGUAAGAAAGCUGGGAUUUUCACCUGGUACGAAGUGGGGGAAGAAGAGUAGGGACCGAGGGAGGAGGGUUGAGAGCUCGGGUCGUGGGUUUUUCAGUGGAGAUGGCGGCAGGGGACCGGAGGUGGUGGCUGAACCGCAAGGCGAUAGUGGUGCUGUGGAUGGCAGCCUCGGUGGGGAUAUGGGUGGGACUCCAUUGCUACAUCAGGAGGGUGAGCAUGAGGAAGGCUGAGGAGGUGCUGGUGAGCAUGUGCGAGGAGCGUGCGAGGAUGUUGCAGGACCAGUUUGCAGUGAGCGUCAACCAUGUCCAUGCCCUCGCCAUCCUCGUCUCCACCUUCCACUACCAGAAGCACCCGCCCGCCCUCGAUCAGGAGACAUUUGCAGAUUACACAGCAAGGACGGCAUUCGAGCGGCCAUUGCUCAGUGGAGUGGCAUAUGCUCAACGGGUUGUUCAUUCUGAAAGAGAGUUGUUUGAAAAUCAGCAGGGCUGGACGAUCAAGACUAUGAAACAGGAGCCAUCCCCAGUUCAAGAUGAGUAUGCACCUGUGAUAUAUUCUCAGGAGACCGUCUCCUACAUUGAAGCCCUUGACAUGAUGUCUGGAGAGGAGGAUCGAGAAAAUAUAUUGAGGGCCAGGGCUACUGGCAAAGCUGUUCUUACAAGCCCAUUCAGACUGCUGGGAUCCAAUCAUCUGGGUGUGGUCUUGACAUUUCCGGUAUAUCGCUCAGGUCUUCCUGCUGAUGCGACGGAAGAAGAACGCAUAGAAGCAGCUGCAGGGUAUCUUGGAGGAGCUUUUGAUGUCGAGUCACUUGUGGAAAACUUGCUGAGGCAGCUCGCUGGAAAUCAGGAUAUUAUGGUGAAUGUGUAUGAUGUCACCAACACUUCUGAGCCCUUGAUCAUGUAUGGGCCCCAAUUUCCUGAUGGUUACAUGUCAUUUUCACACAUCAGCAUGCUUGAUUUUGGAGAUCCAUUCCGGAGGCACCAAAUGAAGUGCAGGUACAGUAAGAAGCCUCCCAUUCCGUUGUCAGCCAUUACUACCCCUUCUGGUGUUUUUGUGAUCUGCAUGCUAGCAGGAUAUAUAUUAUAUGCUGCUUGGAAUCGCUAUGACAAUGUUAAGGAAGAUUGUAGAAAAAUGGAAGAGCUAAAAAAACAAGCAGAGGCUGCAGAUGUUGCUAAAUCUCAGUUUCUUGCAACAGUUUCUCAUGAGAUCAGAACUCCCAUGAAUGGUGUCCUUGGGAUGCUAGAUAUGCUUCUAGAUACCAACCUAAAUCUAACCCAAAAGGAUUAUGCCCAAACUGCUCAAGUCUGUGGAAAGGCAUUGAUAUCUUUGAUAAAUGAAGUGCUUGACCGCGCAAAAAUUGAAGCUGGCAAGUUGGAGAUUGAGUCGGUGCCAUUUGACCUGCGAGCGGUCCUAGAUGAUGUCAUUUCUUUGUUUUCUGCAAAAUCAAGAGAGAAGGGAAUUGAGCUUGCUGUAUAUGUUUCUGACAGAGUUCCUGAAAUUCUCAUGGGCGACCCAGGGAGGUUUCGUCAAAUUAUCACAAAUCUUGUGGGAAACUCAGUCAAAUUUACUGAACGUGGCCACAUUUUUGUCCAUGUUCAUCUGGCUGAGCAUUCAAAUAUGUUCAUGGAUGCAAAAGUCGAAAGAGGCUUGAAUGGACUUUCAGGUGAAGCCAAACUUACAUCCAUCAGUACUGUAUUUGAUACUUUAAGUGGUUUGGAAGCUGCUGAUAGGAGAAACAGUUGGGAAAAUUUUAAGCUGUCACUUUCUCAUGAGCAAACCUGGCCUCAUUCAUCUGAAAAUGGGAGUCCAUAUGACAACCGUGCUGAUAAAGUAACUCUCAUGGUAACUGUAGAGGAUACUGGAAUAGGAAUCCCAUUUCAUGCCCAAAAUCGGGUUUUCACACCUUUUAUGCAGGCUGACAGCUCGACCUCCAGGAAUUAUGGAGGAACUGGUAUUGGCUUGAGCAUCAGUAAGUGUCUUGUUGAACUGAUGGGUGGGCAGAUAAACUUUGUAAGCCGUCCUCAUAUUGGAAGCACAUUCACAUUCACUGCUGUAUUCCAAAGAUGCGGUAAGAGUGUAGGCGGUGAUACAAAGAGAACUCUUUCUGAGGCUCUACCUACCUGUUUUAGAGGAAUGGGAGCAAUUUUAGUUGAUAGAAGACCAGUUAGAGGUGCUGUAACAAGAUACCAUCUACAAAGGUUGGGCAUAAGUGUUGAAUGUGUUAGCACCAUCAAUGAGGUACUUAAUGCAAUACAAGGACAAAAUGGUUGCUUGAGAUCUGGUAUGUAUAGCAAACAACCAUUCAUUUUGUUAAUUGAGCAUGAUUCAUGGGGUACUAAAGUGGACGUUUGCUUACGGGAUCAACUAUUACAAUUGAAAGAGAAUGGGUGCAUUCCUGAAAUGCCUAAGGUGGUCCUUCUUGCGACUUCUGAAUCUGAUAAAAUGAAGGCUGGAUCUAAUGUUGACACUGUGAUCAUGAAGCCUCUGAGAGCAAGCACAGUGGCCGCAUGCUUUCAAGAAGUGCUAGGAAUGGGAAAACAGCAAAGUAGAGAUAGGCCCAAAGGAUCAGCUUUCCUUAAUGGCCUGCUAGAUGGAAAGAAUAUCUUAGUUGUUGAUGAUAAUAAGGUGAAUCUCAGAGUUGCUGCAGGUGUCCUGAAAAAGUAUGGGGCCAAGGUGGAGUGUGCUGAGAGUGGCAGAGAUGCUCUUUCUCUCCUCCAACUGCCACACAAGUACGAUGCCUGCUUCAUGGAUGUUCAAAUGCCAGAGAUGGAUGGGUUUGAGGCAACUCGGCAAAUACGCAUGAUGGAGGGUAAGGCAAAUGAAAAGAACAGGAAUGGAGAAGAAACUCUUGCCGAGGAAGGUUUUGCUAUGGCUGAAUGGCACCUGCCAAUCCUAGCCAUGACAGCCGAUGUCAUCCAAGCAACAUACGAGGAGUGCAUGAAAUGUGGUAUGGAUGGUUAUGUCUCCAAGCCCUUUGAGGAAGCGCAGCUUUAUCAGGCAGUUGCCAAGUUCUUGGUGUCAGACUCCUGAAACCCAGCUCCAGAACAAGUGCUGCAUUUCAUGACCGCACUACCGGACUUUCUGAAGCGGCAAUGAUUUUGUUUGGGCUCCAUUGGUGGUCUGUGGAUGCCUUACAGGCUUGGUAAUUGGAAAAGAAAUCCAUGAUUGGCACAAAUUAUGAAAACUUAAUAUCAACUUGCGGUCUCCUUUUAAGUUACAGUUCUCCACUCUUUGAGCCAGUGUAUAUUACAGCAUUAGGCUGAUGUACAAUUACCAGUGUAUCAGAAUGUGAACUCUCCCUGCUAUGUAAAACAGGGUGUAUAAUGUAAAAUUUUUUCCAUGCCCUGCUGUUGGCAAAGGGAGGCAUUGUAAAAUUUUUCAUGCCUGUUUUACAUUAAAAGCCCUAAUUAGCAUAAUUUUGCUCUAA